AGGUAGCAUAACUUUUCUCGUUCAUUACUUUCCCUAAGUUUUAGAUUCUUACUUUCGUCUUGUCGACUCGACUCCUAGAACAUACAUUUGGAUCUUCGAUUCUUUAUGGUAACUAAUAAGUUGUGUCCCGAGAUUUCUUAGAAUUUGCUCUUUUUUUGGCGGAAAAAGGUUUGAGAAUGUAGUGGCAGAGGAGAGAGAGAGAGAGUAUGAGAAUGGCUGCGGAAACGAAUUCACCAUCACCAUCACCGUCACCGUCAGCCUCAGCGUCUCCGUGUGGCAAGCGAAGUAGAGAUCCAGAAGAUGAGGUCUAUGUCGAUAAUCUCCACUCUCACAAGCGUUACCUUAGCGAGAUUAUGGCAUCAAGCUUGAAUGGAUUGACAGUUGGAGACCCACUCCCUGAAAAUAUUAUGGAAUCUCCUGCAAGGUCUGAAAGCAUGUUUUAUCUAAGGGAUGACGUGUCCUUACAAUAUUCACCAAUGUCGGAAGACUCGGAUGACUCUAGAUACUCUGAAACUCCUACAAAUACUUGUCUAUCCCAGCCUGAUAGCCUACCCAGCAGUCCAGUUUCUCCUUACAGGUAUCAAAGGCCACUGAGUGGGUUUUAUUCUGCUCCUUCAACAGCUUCAUACCCUUCACAUUGCUCCUCUCUCCCUGCUGUCACAUCCUCACAGCCUCGUCAACGAGGAUCAGAUUCUGAAGGUCGGUUCCCAUCAUCACCUAGUGACAUGUGUCACUCGGCUGACUUGAGGAGGGCUGCACUACUGCGGUCUGUGCAGAUGAGAACACAACCUCCAGGCCCACCUUCAUUCGAAUUGCCAUUCAGUCCGGGACAAGAUCCCGGGCAUAACAUAGAAGCCGAAGAUCGGCCAUGUUCUUAUAUGAAGUCUUUAGUUGAUGAGAGGGAAUAUCCGAUCGAACAAUGUCCUUCAUUGAGUAUCUCAGAACCUGAGUAUAACCAACAAAAGUCUUGCAAGGUGUUGAAUAUGAAUUUAAAAGAUGAUGACCCUGCAGGUUAAAUGAUUUAUGAAAUUGUUUCCUAACCACAUCUUGGAAAUGUGUUCAGGGGUAACAUGCUGAAGCUGUUUACAAUUGCAAGAAAUUUUAUGGGGGAACUUUAGUUUGUGGGAACCCCUCUGUGUUGUAGAUGUGUCUAAUUUACUUGAUGCAGACAUUUUGGAUCCAGAAUAUAUAAUUUGUACAUAUUGUAACACCAAUCUGGAAGAAGGUAUAUUUGCUUAUUAACAAUAGAAAGGUUUUACUCAGUUGGGGGCUGAAAAAAAAAAAAAAAAAAUAA